GCCGGAAGUGAUUGGUGAUGUUUCCGGGACACGUUGCGGCUGGGGUUUGAUGGUUGGCCAUGGAGACGGUGUUCGGACUGCCGUUUGUGCUGCUGGAGUGUCCCAACGUGAAGCUGAAGAAGCCGGGAUGGCUGCACAUGCCGUCUGCCAUGACCGUCUACGCCUUAGUCAUCAUCUCCUACUUCCUGAUCACCGGCGGUAUCAUUUACGAUGUGAUUGUGGAGCCUCCAAGUGUGGGGUCGAUGACAGAUGAACAUGGUCACCAAAGGCCUGUUGCCUUUUUAGCGUACAGAGUGAAUGGACAGUACAUCAUGGAAGGUCUUGCUUCUAGUUUUCUGUUUACAAUGGGAGGUCUGGGAUUUAUAAUCUUGGAUCGCUCAAAUGCACCAAAUAUUCCAAAACUGAAUAGAUUCCUACUUCUUUUCAUUGGCUUCGUCAGUGUCCUGUUGAGCUUUUUCAUGGCCAGAGUCUUUAUGAGAAUGAAACUGCCAGGUUACUUGAUGGGCUAAUUUCACGCUGGAAGAGCCAAAGCUGCGGUUCAGAGUGGAUCAACGAACCCAAGCCUGCAAUUGGAAAAAAAUGUGAUAUGGACAUGAACAUUUGUAAAGGAAACAAUAAAUAUGUUUUUACAACA